GUCCACGUGAGAGUAAAGUCGCUCUCGAGAGUAGUACUCGCCAGUGGACACGCUGCCGAGAAUAACUGCAGGCGUCUUACUCUCAGUCGUGAGAGUACUCUCGAGAGCAACUUUCAAAAUUUGCUUUCACGUGGACAGGCACCUUUAGUCGCGGCAGCGCGGUAGUGAUGUAAGGGUGUUUUAACAUUUCGUUGGCUUCCAUUAUUGUGUUAUCAAACGAAUAUUGGUAUAUGUGGAAAGGUGGCGUUUGUAGGCGAUCGGUAGACCAUACGGUGGAAACGAUGAGAAAGCUUCGUUAUCGGUGAUAUUUGAAGAAGAAACGAUAGUAGUGACUGCGAUGCGACAAGAAGGCGAAUGGAGUUCGCGGUAAGGAAUGACGCGAAUGGGUUUCCGGUUGCAACGUGAGUGUUGAGAAACAUGAAUAAAUUUCGUACGGGUUCGGAAUACGAGCCUCUCAUAAACGAAGACCCUUCGCCUUCCCGAAUCGUCAUCUCUUUUUCGAAAAUCGCCUGGUUUACCGUCUCCAUGCCCUUUUUUGCUUUUGCAUUUUGCAUACUCUACUCCGUCCUUUAUAAUUUCGAAAGUGCCACUUCGACUCACUGUAAGGUUUAUAACAUUUUACCAUCUGUCUCUGCUGCUAUUGGACACUACAAACCGCAGCGGGAUGUUUGGCGAGCAGCUAUCGCUACCCAGGCUGUUAUCAGAGCCAUUAUUCUCUCCAUGUACUAUCAUUAUUAUACUAAUGUCGUUUACAAUUGGGCGCAAGGUAUCAAAAACUUUGCUCUCAUUUCUUAUGGCAUUGAAAACACAGCUUUGGUGACACUGAGCUUCUGGUCCUCUAACGAAAAUUAUGCAUUUCACAAACUUUCGUUCAUAACAUUUCUGAUUAUGGCUUUGGUACACAUGUCCCUUGCAUGGUACAUCAGCAAACACUGUCGAGCUUCUGCCAAAGAUCACAGCGAGACGACUUCUCAACGCUGGAAAACGAGAUCCUUAAUUCUCAAUGUCGCGUCAAUUUUUGCCGCUUGCUAUUUCUUCUGGAGACACAACGCUUACUGCGAACCAUUCGUGUAUUCCAUGUUUGCAAUGUGCGAAUACAUGGUUGUGCUCUCGAAUAUGGGUUUCCAUGUGACAGCAGCGUGGGACUUUGCUGGGCGAAGUUUGAUGCUUUCGAUGCAUGGAAUUCGCAUAAUUUGAUAAAAGUCAAUGAAGACAUCGAACAGUAGGAAAUUUUUUUAAUCUCCUCGACGAGUAGGCUUCAAUUUUUUAAAAAUGCUCAGACAGCGUGUCGCUGUCGUUCUUGUGUUUGAUUUCUUUUGUAAAUAUGUAAUUAGGGGAAAUAAUUGAUAAUCGAUCAAAGGAAAGAAAACGAAAAGGACGAAUCAAAGCAUUUAGAAUCCGACGACAUAUCGCAUCCUUCGCGUACAAAUAGUCGUGUAUAUAUAUAUGUACAUUUUCACGUUAUGUACGUUCGUACAAUAAAUGUUAAGAAAAAACACGA